AUGUAUGGUAAACAGGGGGCUCAUGAAGUCACUGAGGACCAAUGGGCAGCGUGGAGCAGGGCCUGGGGCGGGGCUUGGCCCUGGCGGCGGGCACGGAUUGGCACGCUGCGAAUCUCCCUGCUGCCUUACAAGGCGGUGCGAGGCGAGCUAUUUUUAGAGGGCUAUAUAAGGGGGCCGAAGAGGCCGUGCGGCGCCCAGGGAGCGCGAGGGAUUGGGAGGGUCGCGGCGACACUUGCACCGGCUCCCGGGACGCCGAGGCGACUGGGCUCGGGCCGCACGCCGGCCUCCGACCUUCGCUUGGGUGCCCGGUGGAGCCCCAGGCGGCCGGAGCCUGCGCCCCGCAGAGGGGAGAGGGUCGCGUAUCGCGUAUCGCCGUUCUGGCGUGGACGCGGCCUGUCAGGAGGCUGCCAGGGUGCAGAGAAGAAGCGCCAGAGGAGGAAGAGCCACACAAUGGAGCAGAACAAAGGGGAAUGCGCGAAAACAGCGGCUGGGGCCCGCCUCGCGCGCCGCGCGCAGUCCCCGCCCCCAGCCCCGCCGGCGCCCCAGUGCGUGCCGCCGCGCCCCGCCCCACCCCGCCCGCCCAGCCUUCUGAGCCGGCGCCGGGGACCGGGCUGGGGUCAGACUCGCAGUAAGAAUUGAUUGGAAGUGGACGUUUUGCUGGAGAGUGUGUUAAAGACAAUAGGGGGAAUCCUUGUAGACGUGGGGUGCAGGCAGGAGCCGGCAACUUGCUUGGGGGCUUAAACGUGAGACUUCCCAUUUGGCUUGGAGAGAGGGUGUCGGUCUGCCUAGCUGCGGUGGUGAGAGGAGGACCUGGAUUGCGUUAUGGCGCUAACAUAUAGAGAUGUAUAUAGAUAGAGACCCUAUUAUCUCUUAGCUGAACUACGCACGUUGUGAGGGUUGACCGGUUGUUUGCUUGACCUUAAAUGGUUAGUGUGGUUAAAGCUUCCCCAAGAUGCAGUGUGAGCUGAACUUCCACUUUUGGAAUGAUUGCAGAAUUUGGUACUUAUUCUGAAAUGAGAAACUUAAAUUCAACUCAUAAUGGAAGAAACACAUCCACCUUAAUCGCCCUUCUCAGCUGUCUCUCCUUCUGACUAUGUGGGACUCCAUAUCACAAUAUUUCGAAAGUUCUACUUUAUAGAACACACACAGUUUGAAAUUCAGUAUUUGCCAGGGGAAAUUAAACGGGAAUUAUUGAGUUGAGGAAAGUCUAGUUUAUUUGCUUUUUGAUGUUUGGAAUUCUGUUGGUCAGAUCUCCAGCAUCCAGUGUAUGUGUAUAAUUGGUGAACGUACUGUUAGUGUAUGUGCAUGGAAUGUACAAGGGUCUUGGUACAGUUAGUAUUAUGUAUUAUACACAUUCAUGGUGCUAGGGGAUAAAUGGUAUGAAAAGGGUAAAAGUCCUACACGAAUAAAGUGAUAUUAUGAUAGCACACAUAUAAGUGCCAGUAUGAGAAGUCUGCGUGGGCCUUUCCCAGAAGUAGAAAACCAUUUAGAGCCAUCACAUACCAAUUAAUGCAUUAACUUGAUCCUGAUGGCCAUUGAUGCUGCCACUUACUACUGUGUGACUUUGAGCAAAUUACUGGCUCAGACCCUCUGACUACCCUUCUCAGACACAGGAAAAGUGGAAUCUGCCUUGCCUGAUUGUUAUGAACAGUCAAAAUGUUAUAAAAUAAUGUUUGUUAACUCACCUAGCAUAGUGUAUCUGGUGCUAAUAGGUGAAUACUAAAUGUUAGCCAUCGUUAUCUCCUGACUUUAGCUGAGUAAAUUAAAUAACGUCUGAACCAAUCAGACUUGUAGGGGGAUAUACCAGUCUUAGAGAAGAAGAAUGUAGAAACCUCUUGCCAGUUUGGAAUAAGGUCUUCCCCUGCAACCCAACAUGCUAUCCUGAUUGCGUGUGGGGAUGGGGAGGAGACCACUGACAAGUACUGGAGCAGAAGAAGACAUGUUCAGGAAUAAUAGGAGAGGGAGAGGAUCUUAUUUCUUUUUUUGAAUUUUAUUUUAUUUAUUCUGUUAUACAGCAGGUUCUUAUUAGUUAUCUAUUUUAUACAUAUUAGUGUAUAUAUGUCAAUCUCAGUCUCCCAAUUCAUCUCACCACCACCCAGGGGAGGGAAACGAUCUUAAAUGUAGGAAACGCAAGAGGCGAAAAGCAAGGCAAGACCAAAGAACAUAAUUUGUUUGAGACUCAACUGAACUUGUUUUUUUGGUUUUUUUGGUUACACUAUUACCAUUUUCAACAAAAUAUGACAGACCUGUUAACUUUCAAGAUUUUAAGCACAAUGUGCCAAGCUGUAUGGGCACAUAAACAUUUUAUAUGCUGUGUCUCAUUUCAUCCUCAUGACAGCCCCAAGGUGGGUAUUUUUAUUAUCCCCAACUUUAUGGAUAAAGAUACCCAGGCUUGGAAAUAUUAAGUUGGUCAAGGUCACAAAACCAGGAAGCAGCCAAACAGGGGUUCAAAUCCAGGACCACCUGACUUCCAAGACUGUGCUCUGCAUGGGUCUCUCUGCAAGGUGAAAGACUUGAGUUUCUUGCUUUUAAGUCAAGACUUGUUUAUAAAAAUUGCUUGGGUGUGGAGAGGAAGGCUUCCAUUGAGGUUUUUCACAUGUAAAUAUCAGCCAUCCAACUUAUAGAAGAACUCAACCAAAAUUUUACAAUGUAAAUCCUAAAAACCUCAUUAUGAGUUUUUUCAAAGCUUUAUAGAUUAGAAUUCAUACUAAGAGAUUUAUGUAACAAGGCGCUCCUAAAGGCAUAUUUUCAGUAUUAGUCAUAUUUAGCUACUUUUAAUAGCCUAGAGACCCUAGGUUCACAUUGCAAAGCACAUGGAAAGAAUCCGAAUGUACAAAAUAAUCAACAAAUUAAGAUCACAAGGGAAAUUUGGCAGCCAAACAAACCAAAAAUAAAGAUCACUGCUACAACUACUGCAUACUGAAUGCUUUCUCUGUACCUGGCAUUUUACACAUGUUCACAUCUGAUCUUCACCACAGUCUUUUGAGGGAGCUAUUACUGCUCCAUUUUCACAGAUGAAGAUACCAAAGUUCAGAGUGGGCACAUAAUUUGCCCAUUGUCAUAUGUCUUUUAAGUGACAAAAGCAGAUUCAAAUAUAGGUCUGGCUCCAGGUUGACUCCAAAGUCUAUGUCCUCUACAUGUGUUGCCUUAGAAGAUACUCAUGAUACUUUUAAAAGUAUCACCCUUUGGAAGUGAUCCUAUAGGAAACACCUAAGAGUAAAUAACAAGUUACCCCCCAAGAACUGAGAAAUGAGGAUAUUUUAUGAACAAAAUAGUAAAAAUUCAAUAUGCAAAUAGAAACAAUCAAGAUAUCAGACUGUUACUACUAGGAAAGUUCUGUCAUUAGUACAGGAAGUCCUUAAUAUCCUAUUGUGAUUAGCACUGGGAAAGCCUCAAAGUAAAUCUACUUAAAACACGGACCAAAUUUCAGAGCAGUUAGUGAAAAAAGGUUUGCUGGGGACUUGUCUUGAAAAUAAAACUCAACAUUUUAAAAACACAUUUAUCCUACCUUACAUAGGACAAAAUUGAUAAGUACAACUGUGUGCUAAUUAUAGAAUGAAUAAAUAAUAAAUCAAUAUGAUUAUUGGCUUAAUUUUUUCCUACGCAUUGUGAAGCACCUUACAACAUGCUUUAUUUCAUAUUUGACUUUCAGAGAAUAAUAAAAAAGAGGGUCAUUUUUUG